AUGUUACUUGAUCUUAAUACAAAAAAGGCAGUAAUAAGACUGUAUGUAACGGCACUUCCAAUCACCAAACAAGUGAUCAAAAUUGUGGAACAAAUGGCACACGACAAAGGCGUUCGUGAUUUGCGUACUUAUCAUUGGAAGAAUGGUGAAAUCAUAUUGGAUGGUGAUUUGCUCACAGGAGUGGACCCAGAUGAAAUUGAUCAAGAUGAAAUUGAUGCUUUACUUGAAGAAGCGGAAGAAUUUAUUGAAACUUAUGAUGAUGAACACACCAAAACUGUUGAAGAACAGACAGAAGACAGGAGUGUUGCAAGUAUUUAUCAACGAUUGAGACGGAGAAAUGAUGACAAAAAUUCCGAUCAAGAUCCCAAUCCAAAUGACAAAUAUCAGAAUGAUGAGGAUUUAAAUGAAAAGAUUCAAGAAAUUGAAGAAGACAUUCAAAAAGACAAGGAAGAUGUCAAAUCACUUAACAAUGAAGAACACGAGGAAACACGCAAAACAUAUGAGGAAAAUGACGAUUUAAUUGAUCAAAUUCAAGAUGAAAUCAAAGAAUGUGAAACUCAAGUCAAUGAUGUUCGCGAAUUUGUGGCAAAUUUGGAUGAAAAUGAGAAUGAAAAUGAUGAAUCUGACAAUAAUUCGGACAAAUCAAGUGACAAUGAUAAUUGUGAAAAUGAUGAAGUGAAUAAAGAGGACAUAUUCAGUCCAAGGAAAACCAUUCAUGUGAGAGUAUUGCAAGCCAUCUAUGGGAUGUUAGAGGCCUCUAUGCUCUGGUACAAAAAGUUGAGAGGAGACAUGGAGAAACAUGGUUUUAUUUUUAAUUCAUACGAUGGAUGUAUUGCCAACAAGAUUGUGAACGGCAAACAACAAACUAUUUGA